AUGCAAGCAAUGGGGUUAUCAGUAGCAGUUUCAGUUCCAUUUUACCAUUCCAGAUUAUGCAUCAAUGCCUCUCCUCAUCCACCCAUUCCCCUCAAUUUGAAUCAUGGCUUUUCCAAAUCACUUACAUUCAGGGACAGACUAACUCGUGGGAAGAGUAGCUAUGUCAUUCGUUCCCAAAAGAAUCGUGACGAUGAUGGUGAUGUCGAUGGAUUUUACAUGAGGAAAAGCGUUGAGCUCGCCAGAAAGGCUUUGGGGUGUACAAGCCCCAAUCCUUUAGUUGGAUGUGUUAUUGUCAAAGAUGGUCAAAUUGUUGGCCAAGGUUUUCAUCCUAAACCUGGUCAACCUCAUGCUGAGGUGUUUGCUCUGAGAGAUGCUGCUGAUUUGGACGAGAAUGCAACGGCGUAUGUCACUUUAGAACCUUGUAAUCAUUUUGGGAGGACUCCGCCUUGCACUGAAGUUCUCAUUAAAGCUAGACUUAAAAAGGUUGUUGUUGGGAUGGUGGAUCCAAAUCCUAUCGUGGCUUCCAAAGGGUUAGAUAGAUUGAGAGGUGCUGGAAUUGAAGUUGUUGUUGGUGUUGAGGAAGAACUGUGUAAGGGCCUCAAUGAGGGUUAUAUUCAUCACAUGUUGACCCAGAAGCCUCUGCUUACUUUGAGGUAUUCUCUUUCUGUCAACGGAAACUUGUUGGACUCACUUGGGAAUGGAGUAACUCACUCUGGUGGAUACUAUUCUAGGCUAUUACAAGAAUAUGAUGCAGUUAUAUUAUCCUCUUCUUUAUUCCGUGAAACUUUAUCGGUCGACUCCGUACCUUCAUCUCAAGAACCUGGAGCCAAUCAACCCAUUCGGUUUAUAAUGCAUAGAGAUUCUGGUUCUGGUUCUUCAAAUCAAAUUCCAUUUAUAACCGAUAACGUUACUGAUAAAAUGAUAAUCUUUACAGAUUGUAUAACAACAGCUCCCGAGGAGACUCAACAAGGAAUUAAAACUGUAUCUGUGGAUCAAAUAAAUCUUGAUAAAUUUUGCAAUAAACUCAAUAAAUCUGUUCUCAAAUCCCCCGCUGCACCUCAUCAAUGGCCUUCCAUUCUCGCCCUCAUUCAUUGGCUUGUUCAGUCUUGUCAAAUUCAUCUCUCUUUUUCUUCUCCCUCCCACACCACCACCCUCCAAAGCAACAACAUCGUCUUCCAGUAUUCUCUCAACGCUUAUCUAAAUUUCAUUAGAGGUGACGAUGAAGCCAUCUCCGAACUCGACCACGAAAUCCGCACCAGGAUUCUCCGUGAGAAGUCUAACGCUGACAACACCCUUGCUGCCGCUGAACAAAAGGUCUCUGAAUUGGAGGCUCAAUUGGAGGGAUUGAGGUCUGCUCCUUCUCAGAAGGAUUUACUCGACAAAGAGAAGGAAAUGCUUCAAGGCGAUGUCAUUAAGUUUCACAAGAUUAUUGACGAGUUUGGGUUGCGGAUUGAGUUGAAAGAGAGGGAUUUGGUGGAUAAGGAGAAACAGUUGCAGGCUAAGGUCGUGGAGAGCGACAACAUAUGUCAAGAGAAUAAAAUGCUAAAGAAGAAGGUGGAGUCACAGCCUUUCAAUACCAGGGACGUUGAGAGGAUGAAAAGAGAGUUGCAGGCUGCUGAGAGGGAUGCUGGAGAGGCUGAACUUGCUAGGAAUGAUUGGGAGGAAAAGUGUUGGGAGCUUGAUCGUACUCUCGCAAAUAACAUCAGAGACUUAGAACCUAUCACCAGGGAUUGUAACCAAGCCUUUAAGAGGUUGAAGAUUGGUAAUGACAUUCAAUAUGUGUUGAAUCCCAAGGGAACCACGCCUGCUGAGAUCAUGGGCAUAUGCUGCUACCGUACAGUGAAUCAAAACUAUGCAAAUAUUCUUUUGAUGCUUUUACGUCUCCGUCAGGCUUGUGAUCACCCACUUCUUGUUAAAGAAUACAAUUCUGAUCCUGUUGGAAAAGAUUCUGUUGAAAUGGCAAAAAGGCUUCCAAAAGAGAUGCUGAUAAAUCUGUUUAAUAGUUUGGAAACAACUGCCGCUAUAUGUUUUGUCUGCAAUAGGCCAGAGAAUAAGCUUGGAGAUGAUGAAACGUGGGAUAUGGCUGAAAGUGCUCUCAAGGAGGCUUUGGAUGAGUGUGGCAAAGGGAAUGUGUUUGUUAAGAACUUAGCGAAAUCGAUAGAUAAUGUGGGACUGCAUGAUUUAUUUCAAGAAUAUGGGAAUAUUUUGUCUAGCAAAAUUGUCAUCUCUGAAGAUGGGAAGAGCAAAGGGUUUGGUUAUAUACAGUUUGGUUCAGAGGAGUCUGCAAAUGAUGCUAUCCAGAAAAUGAAUGGCUCUACUGUGAGAGAUAAGAAGAUAUAUGUUGGGAAAUUUAUCAGAAAAAGUGAGCGCUCUUUGCCUGAACCUGAUGCCAAAUAUACAAACUUGUACGUUAAGAAUUUGGACCCAGAUAUUACCGAAGCACUUCUUAAAGAAAAGUUCUCAUCUUUUGGAAAAAUUCUUAGCUUGGCUAUUGUAAAGGAUGAGAAGGGGUUGUCAAAAGGUUUUGGAUUUAUGAACUAUGAAAACCCGGAUGAUGCAAGACAAGCAACAGAAGCAAUGAAUGGAUCACAAUUUGGUUCAAAGAACCUGUAUGUUGCAAGAGCACAAAAAAAGGUUGAACGUGAGAAGAUCUUGCAUCAGUGGUUUGCAGAAAGAUGCAUGGAGAAAAACUUGAAAUACAAGGGAUCAAACAUUUAUGUGAAGAACAUUGAUGAUAGUGUUAGUGACGAAGAACUAAAGAGUCAGUUUGUGCAAAUCAACAAAGAGAAUCGCAAGCAGCUUCCUUAUCAAAUUACAGGCAUGGUUAAACCAUCCAAGCUUUUAACAUGCUUCCAGUGGGGUGCCUUGAUGGUGGCAGGACGCAUGUUUCACGGAAAACCACUGUAUGUUGCUUUUGCUCAGAGGAAAGAUGUUAGGCAAAGCCUAUUGCAGCUCCAGCAUUCACACUGA